AGAAUGCGGAAGCCAACCACUGUUUUGUACUUUGUACACAACAUUCCACAUGUAUUGCUACUGUCAUUUUGACCUUGACUGUCUCUUUUUAUAUUAGAAAAUGGCAAUGUCAGCGCUCGUCCACGUUCUCAUACCCUUCCUGCUUUGCAUUGCGCUUGCAAACACUCACAUUUUCGACAAAGUUUUGGUGGAUGUCGCGUAUGAUCACUAUGCGGAAAAGAAAGUCGACAACCUUCCUGCAUUCUUGGCAAUGCCGUUUAACUGUCUGAUAAACUUGGGAUACAUAUUAUUAGGUAUCUACUGGAUCUUGCAACCGAUGUCAGACAAUAGAGACACCUGUGCAGCCGUCUACACCAAAGACGUGUUUGCGCUAAUGGCAGUGACAUAUGGACCGGUGCAGUGGGUCCGCUUGGCCACCUUGCGGCGCGCGCCCUCUGUUUUGGACCAGUGGUUCACUUUACCUAUUUUUGCGUGGGUGCUGGUGUGGUGUCAUGUCGUUGACAAAGGCUGGUCGUCCCGUUACGCCUUGAUGGUGGAAUCGUGCUCUGUCCUCAGCUAUGGACUGGCGCUCUUUCACGACCGAGGGUUUGAAGUAGCCCUGGGUUGUCACAUCGCCUUCGCUGUGUUCAAAGGCGUCCGAGCGCAGGUGAACCUCGGAGACACUGCGUCCAUGCGCUACCUCUGCUUGGCCCUGCUGUCCUGCGCUGGUUUCGUGGUUCUCAAGCUUCUGGAUCAUUCUCUUGCAGAGUACUGGGUGUUUCUAAAUUUUUCUGGAAAUUUUUGGUGGAUAGUUUGCGACAUUCUGCAGUUUCAUUACAGCUUUUGUUUUCUCACCCGCCUUAGUGAAAAUGCACACAAACGCUCUUCAUAAAUGCACGUACAUUUAUUCAGCUGAAUAAUAAGGCAAUGAACAUGACAUGUACGAACCCUAAUUUAGUCUUGUCUUCAACUGUAAUAUUGUGUCACUGAGGCAUGAGGCAUUUUAAUUGUGUGUGUGUGUGCUUAUGUGGUUUAUGAGGACACAUGGGUAUGACAGAGGUAUUAUAUCAUGAAGGUGAUUUAUGAGGACACCUUCGGUGUCCCCGUAAUUCAGAAGGCUUAAAAAUCAGUCAGAUUGUGUUUUUUUGAAAAUCUAAAAAUGCACAAAGUUUUCUGUAAAGGGUAUUUGUAGGGUUGGUGUAGGCUGUUACAGUAUAAAAAUCAUUAUGCAUAUGAAGAGUCCCCAUAAACCAUAAAAACCAAUGUAUGUGUGUGUUUACACAUUCACUAUUUGAUGCAUUUUAAUGUGUGUGUGUGUGUGUGUGUGUGUGUGUAGCUCAUGAUGUCAUGUCCUAAGCUUCAUUCUCAGGUUUGUCAAUUUGAAGAUGAAUAGAAAAUGAAUGUAAAUGCACAGUAUAAUUAUGGAUAGCCUUGACUUGCCUUAACAUUAAAGCAAAACAUCUUUAUCAUUUUUA